UCGACACACACUCACACACGCACACACUCUCUCUCUCUCUCACUCAUACACACACGUACACACACAGAGUAUGGAUGUCAAAGUGCUGGCAGUCAUGGUUCUGCUGACCGUGAUUACGCAUAGUCCUCAGAUCACGGCUAAACCCAUCAGUCUGGUGGAACGGUGCUGGUGUCGUUCCACGCUCAACACCGUUCCGCAGAGGAACAUCCGAGAGAUCAAAUUCCUCCACACGCCAAACUGCCCCUUCCAAGUCAUUGCCAAGCUAAAGAACAAUCGAGAGGUCUGCAUCAACCCUAAGACAAAAUGGCUUCAACAGUACUUAAAGAACGCCAUUAACAAGAUAAAGAAAUCCAGGAAACGCUCAAACUAAACAGAUUCUUGGGAAGGGACGGCGUUUGUCCCUGGCCUCAGUAAAAAGAUGUUAUACCACAUGUACUCGUCUGGACUGCUUGCACAAAGAGCACUUCACUGAAACGUUUCCAGUCUGCACUCAUCCAGUCAACAGCUCACUACAAACCAGUACCCUCACUCUUAUUCUGCCUGCACAAAGCACAAGCAAACCUGUGAUGUCAUAUGAAUGUCUGUUUGUGUGUGUGUGUGUGUGUGUGUGUGAGAGAGAGAGAGAGAUUGAGAGAGAGAAAGACAGAGAGACUGUGUUUGUGUCCAUGUGUGAUAAAAUACACAAUGCUGUUAUUAACCUUAUAAGCCGUUAGGAUAAAGGAGCAGAUUUGCUCCUUGCUGUUUGUCUGAGUGGAACUGUGGAUGAUGUCGCAUGUGUAUAGGUGGGGGUGGUGGAGGAGAGGAAAGGAGAUGCAGAAGGUUCCGGGUUGGACUCAGUUCCACGUCUGAUUAAUGCUGUUUUUCCUAUCAUCACGAUGCACAAGCUCACUUUGACCUCACGCUGUCCAAUGACACAGCCAUGCAGCGAAUAGAGCGACAGCACAGAGAAAGAGGACUUUCCGCUAGCCACUGAGAUAGUGCUGCUGCUACGUUAGGAACUAGAAGUCAUAGGAUCACACUUACUGCAGACGAUUACUUUUUUCCUUUUUCCUGUAGGUUCAGGUUUCCUGUACGUCCGGUGAAAACAAAACAAAACAAAACUGUGCACUGAGCUGAAAAGUAUUUUGUACAAGACAAACUGUCAUUUUUAAUCCUGUUAUGACCAGGAUGGUAAACCACGUGAAUUCAGGCAUAGCAGCAAUGCAAUUUUUACGCAAUGCAAUGCAUCUUACCUAAAGCAAACUGUGGACUGUGCUUUUCUCUCUUAGUUCUGAUCUGGUUAAAAUCCAUUCCAGUUACAUUUAGACUCUGAUUUGUUUUGAGCCAUAAAAAUACACAUACACAGGGCAGGGAUUAUCAGCAAAUGCAGUAUUUUACAUGAAUGUUCAGUCUUCCGGUGAUUAACGUCUAUCAGGACUAGUGAUCUUACAGUGAGCACGCAUCAGGUUUAGUUACAAAAAAACAGAGAGAGGAAAGCUAGAUAUAUAAACCGUUUUGACAAAGUAUUUUUCGUGCUUCCUUUCCAAGCUUCCAGUUUAUUCCACACGGCUUUUGUUCCAACGGUAAAACAAAGAUUCUGAGCAAGGGCUAGGGUUCUGCUUUCAUUCUGAGCCACUUUAACAUCAGUCUCUAAUCUGACGGCUGUGUUUGUAUUUUUUUUCUUCUUUAAACAUUGUAUAAUCUCAAUACACAUAUGGCAAUACGCUCUGAAGGAAAUCUGUAAAGAACUGUUUUAAUCUUCAGUAUUAUCAAGCC